AUUGUGUUAAGAAGAAACAUCAUUCAGUAAUAAGAUAAUAUCAAAAUGAUUUCGAAGAUUGCAAUUCUAUAUUGCCUGGUUGUGUCUGCGACAUGUAUGGUAUUACAUCAAGCACCAUCACCAUUGUACCCUCUCCAGUAUCAAGACCAAGUGCAAAACAACAAUUUUGAUUACAACGCUAACAAUGGUCAGCCUGGAAAUUUCAAUGGUCGAGAUAAUCUACAAGAAACUCGCCGAGGAGAAACUGGAUUAGGACAGUACUCUCUCCGUCAACCAGAUAACAUUCCGAGAGCUGGUGAAUACAGGUCUGAUGACGCAGGAUACAACGCAUACCUUAAUAACGAUAGGAGACAAAGCAAUGUAGGUAGUGACAGAUAUGUGGAAAAUAUCAACGAAGAAGCCAGACGUUCAAGCAACCAAGUGUCGCAAAUAAACCAACCAUGGCCAAUUCCCAGCAUCCAACAAGCAAGUCCAACUCCUGUAACCAUCACACAAACAUCCGUCUACCACCAGACCUACUCGCAUGGCCAUAAAUCUUGGAUAUAAUCAACGAGCGACAACGAGUAAAACAAUUUACCUAUACUAAUGCUGUUAGAAUUUCGGAAUAUUAAUCACUAAUCAAAUGUCUUGAAGUCUGAUCAAAAUUUGUAUGUUUUUUUACUACUUACACUGUUUUCAUGUCACAAAAAGAUACAGUUUGCUGUUUUAUGGAAUAAAU